AUGACAGGAAGGAGGGAAGAGCUUAGGGAGUUUUGGUCCCUUAAGGGUGGUAGAUGUGUUAAAUAUGGAAACAACUCAUACGACAUGAUCAAAGGGUAUGGGAUGAUCACCAACGGAGAAUUCUCAAUAAGAAAAGUAGACUACAUGGAAGGACUACAACACAACCUCAUCAGUGUUUCUCAACUAGUCGUGGGAAUCGGUUUGAAAGUAUCAUUUGAUGAUGAGGGCUCAGAGAUAAUUGAAAAGCGAACGAAGAAAAUUCUGUUGAAAUCUGAGCGCAAAGGGGAAAUGUAUCUUCUAAAUCUCAACCCGAUAAAAGGAAAGCCAACAAUAUGCUUGCUGUCGAAGAAAUCUGAGGCGACUCCCAAGCUGAUGGUUUUUAUCAAGCAGGUGGAGUUGCAGCUGCGAAAGGUGGUCAGAAACAUAAGAAGCGAUAACGGUCUGGAGUUCAAAAAUAAAGACUUUGAAGAGUUUCUGGAUGAAAAGGGAGUAACUCAUAACUUCUCUUCUCCUUAUACUCCACCACAGAAUGGGAUAGUUGAAAGGCGAAACCGUUCACAGUGUGAAGCUGCACGAACCAUGCUGAGUUUCGCUUCUCUUCCAUUAUACUUCUGGGCAGAUGCUAUAGUCGCUGCUUGUUACACUCAGAAUCGGUCCUUCCUUAACAAGCGAUUUUCCAUCACUCCAUACACGAUUUUGAACAAUUGCAAGCCAAAUGUAAAGUUUUUCCACGUGUUCGGUUUAAGAUGCUUCAUAUUCAACUCCAAAGAGAACCGAAACAAAUUUGAUGAGUACAUGCUGCUCUUUGAUGAACCAGAGAGGGCGAUCCAUUCAGAAGCGAAAGCAACAGAUAACGAAAUCUAUUCAUUGAAGAAAAUUAUUGAUGAAGCUGCCAAAUACAUGGAAAGCGAACCUCAACAACCAACCAAGAAGAAAACACAAAGCGAACCUACUGUAGCAAGUGAUCAAGCAGCUGCUAAUGACCCUCCAAAAGAAAGCACUACAAUCCAGGGGGAGGGUUCGUCUACACCAAAAACUACCAACAUACCUUUCUAG